AUUGUUCGAUUCGAUCUUGCGUUUUUUGAUUUUUCCCAAGAAGAACUUCGUGUGAGUGGGAAGCGUUUUUCUGCGAAGAAAACUAGUGUUCGUGUAUUUCGGCGCAAGGUGCACAACGUGGAAGAGUACGAUCGAGUGAUUGGCUUCUUUCCAGAGCAACGUAAUCCUUUAUUCGACCGAAGAUGAGCACACCGGUGAAGAAAGUGCCCAUUCACCUGCAGAGUUCGCAGAACAGGCUGCUGAUCAAGAAUGGAAACGUCGUGAACGAGGAUGGCAUUACCGGCACCGACGUUUACAUCGAAGACGGUAUCAUUAAGCAAAUGGGACGCAAUCUGAUAAUACCGGGUGGCACGAGAAUCAUCGACGCGUGUCAGAAGUUUGUGAUGCCCGGUGGCAUAGAUCCCCACACCCAUUUCGAGCUGGAGCUGAUGGGAGCGAAGACCGUCGACGAUUUCUACCAGGGCACGAAGGCGGCUGUAGCCGGUGGCACCACGAUGAUCAUGGACUUCGUCAUCCCCAAGAAGGACGAGUCUCUGUUAGAGGCGUACAAUAGGUACAGAGAGACCGCCGACCAGAAAGUCUGCUGCGAUUAUUCGCUCCAUGUCGCCAUCACGUCUUGGAAUCCAAAAGUCAAAGAGGAAAUGGAGACGUUGGCGAAGGAACACGGGGUCAACAGCUUCAAGGUGUUCAUGGCUUACCGGGACAUGUAUAUGCUCAGGGACUACGAACUGAUCGAGGUGUUCAAGGCGUGCAAGGAGCUGGAAGCCAUCGCCAUGGUCCACGCCGAAAAUGGCGAUAUUAUUGCAGAGAACACGAAACGAUUGCUCGAGGCUGGAGUUACAGGGCCGGAGGGCCACGAAAUGUCACGGCCCGAGGAAGUCGAAGCCGAAGCUGUACAUAGGGCGUGCGUUAUAGCCAGCCAGGUGAAUUGUCCACUGUAUGUAGUGCAUGUGAUGAGUCGUAGCGCCGCGGAGGCAUUGAUUGCUGCUCGUGUGAAUGGCGUUUGCGUCUUCGGCGAGACCUUGGCAGCCGCAGUCGGCACAGAUGGCACAAACUAUGCGCACAAAUGUUGGAGACACGCCGCGGGUCACGUUCUGAGUCCACCUCUGAGGCCAGAUCCAGACACACCUAAAAUCCUCCUGAAUAUGUUGGCCAAAGACUACCUCCAGGUCGUUGGUAGCGACAAUUGCACCUUCAACGCGGACCAAAAGGCUCUGGGCAAAGACGACUUCUCGAAGAUCCCGAACGGCGUGAACGGCGUCGAAGAUAGAAUGUCGGUCGUCUGGCAAAAGGGUUACCACAAUGGAACAAUGGACGCCGCGAGAUUCGUGGCAGUGACCAGCACGAACGCCGCGAAGAUCUUCAACUUGUACCCGAAGAAAGGAUUGAUAGCGGUCGGUUCAGACGCCGAUAUCGUCAUCUUGAAUCCGUUCAAGGAUCGUACGAUCUCCGCCGAGACUCACGUACAGGCUGUCGACUUCAACAUCUUCGAGGGAAUGGAGAUCGAAGGAGCAAUAGAGUACGUAAUAGUGGGAGGACGCGUCUGCGUGGACGAGUACGAACUGAAGGCUGUCCACGGUUUUGGAAAGUUCGUGGAGACCCCAUGCCACAACGAAUACGUAUAUGAUAUGGUAAAGAUUAGGGAAAAGAGACCGCGUGGUGUGGUGCGGAACGACGUCGAGGCGAAGAAAUACGCCGAGGAGGACGCCGCCAUUGCGAAGGCGAAGGAACAGGCUAGAGCAGCGGCGCUAGCCAAGGCUCAUCAGAUGAACAACAGUUCCCCGAGCCCGAAACCGAAAAUAAAGAUGCCCGAUUGCGUACCUACGUUACCAGAUUCGGCAGUGGUUACGCCAUCGUCGAAAGGUCCUCGACUAGAAGGGCAAAGAAAUUUGCAAGACACCACUUUCUCCAUCAGCGAUGACGUAGAGGAGGCGAGAAGAGCCUGUAUCCGCGUGAACAAUCCACCGGGUGGUCGCAGUGCAGGAGGUUUUUGGUAAUUUAUGAAAAAAAGUGAUCAAGGUUCGCUUUUGCAUAUAGGGAUUUUUUAUUACUAAGAACGGUGGAAAUCCCUCUCCCCCUGAUCACCCUCCUUCUCAUUCACAUACACACACAUUACGCAUCCGCAUUUUUCCUUAAUUCUGUUUCACGUGAGAAUUGUCAGCCCGCUUUUCAGGUUCGCUACUCACCAAAUAUUACGAUUUUAAGUUUAGUUCGUUUUGCAAUUGACGUUAUAUUCCCGUCGUAUCAAGGUCUGUUCCAUUAAAGGAGGAUUCGGAAGCCACUGCUAAGUAGAGAGUGUACGUUCAUAUUCGUGUGUCGCUCCAUUUCUCGCUUCAUUAUCGUUUCAUUGCCGCUCUGUGUAUCCGUGCGCUUCGUUCUUUGACCUUGGACAGUUGGCGCGUUCCACGUGGUUCGCGUUUCUUCGACGAUGGACUUUUGCGUGCAAUAGACGAAAGAACUCGUUCGUGUAGCUGGGUCGUUCAUUGUGUGUUGGUACGUGAGUCUUUUGAUUGUGCUCUACGUGAAUAGUAACUCGAAUGCUCGUGUAACUGUAUUUACAAUUAAUAAGAGCAAUUGAUACGAACGCGCUUAGUACACAAACGUUUAGUAUUUUUGUUCCAAAGACGAUCACCAUUGUUAAAUACAGUUACGCAAUAGUUUGAACUUGUGCAAUUGGAAUUUUUACUGCGUGUUAUAAUUUUAUUAUAUUUGUUUCUUUUUUUCUCAUUAAAAAAAGAAAUGUUUAAAACGACGAGAUGGAAAAUACUCCAAGGUCAAGCUUAUGAGCUACUUAUUUAUUGCAUACGCAUAUACAUAUUACUCCAGAAAAUACGUUUGCAUCUGUAGAGCAAUCCUCGAUGACCGCGGUGUUCGUACCGCGAUUAUUAGUAAAACGUUAUCGUUCACGAAUCAUAAGUUGUACAUUAAACUGUUGUUAGUUAUUGUUAUGACUUUCGUUCUGUAUCGUGCGAUUAUUUGCAACGCCGACGCUCAAUGAGAUCACCGGGUGUCAUCGGUUACCGUCGAUCAUAUACGGUGAUGUAAAUAUUACAUGGCCGGUGUAAAUAUUACAUACGGAAUCUAUUUUGCUUUCGACCAAUCAAGGUUUCCCCAGCAUGCGAUCAUCUCAUGGGCAUAACGCGAUACAUUUUAUAUACACUAUCGAUACGUUUAGCAUUAAAAUCGACGCAUUGUAAGUUUAAUCUUAAGAGCCGAUCUGUUAUCGAACAGCGAUUGUUCUGUUUUUCGUCACGUUCUAAUGUUACGCAACGACAUUAAAACUGUAAUGUUCCGUUUCGACUCUGCGUUCUGCUCUGAACGUUUAUCGAAACAUUCGAACGUUCGAAAAUGUUCAGCGUGGUCCGCAAGAUCUUCAAAAAUGCCUAGCACGUGAACGAUAGCACGUAGGAACAUUAACUGAAUUACGACGCACAAAUCUUUAAAUAAAGAGACACAAGGCCGCUAAAAUUCUAGAUUAACCAACUGCCUAUGCCGGAAGUGAAAAAUUAAUGCGAUGCAUUAGACAGAACGCACACUUGUUGCUCACAAUUCUGGCUACAGAAUUUACCGUAAAAGCAGACACUUGACACCGUUUAGUUCGAUCGAAUUGAAGUCUUUUUUUUUUUUUUUAAUUUCUUAUCGACCUAAUCCUACAUUCCGAAUUUUAACGUGCUACGAAGAUUUGAUUUUCCUUCUAUCUUUUUUUUUAACUUUAGUUUGCGAAAGUUGAACACUGUUAUUUUUAUUAAAUCCUUGAGAUACGCACUGUUAACACACUCGUCUGCGAAAGUAAUUUUACCGGUAAUGGUUUUAAUGGUAAUAACGUUAAGAGUAAUGAUAUUAACAAUAAUAAUCAUCGCAUAAUAAAUAUCCAUCACGUACUCACUAUCGUGUAAGAUGAACGAGACCGAAGUUUUAUGAACAACGUACGGCUUGUCUGAGCUACUCGUAAACGACCAAAACUUUGGCUACCAUUGUAACAGUUGUAAUAUGGAAUUUACACUAUUGUGAACGUCGUGAUACACUUUUGGGACGAGAUUUUUUGAUCGCAUUUAGAUGAGAUAUCCGAGAGUUUUCCUAGUAGAUUUUGUAUUGAAAUUUCAUAAGCGUUUCUAAGAGUUUCUAUACGCGAAAUGGGUUAUAUUAGGGAUUUAAAAAAAAAAUAUGACGUUUAAUUAUUUGACAUAAUUUAGGCUAGAUCUCUAGGCUAUUGACCGCAGUUAUUUUAUCGAAACGACUCCACUGUUUCCCACGAUGCAUUGUUGUCUUUGAAUAAUUACAUAGCUGGAUGUGUGUGAUUAUAUAAGACUGCUUGAAGCCUGUUUAAUCGAGAAGCGGUUUUGUUUCGUCCGAAGUAUUACAGUUUGUUGAGAAAAUGUUAUCACCGUUCGUUUUUACCGUUUAUAGACUAUUAACAAUUUAUUGAGUCUUUAUCUUGCAUGUUACAUUCGCUGAAGAUACAUAAUUAUAGUUUGUUUUUCUUUGGUAAAAGUAACAUUCGCCGUCUUUGAUAACGAGGAUUUUUGUACCCGUUCGCCAUUAUAAUAAAUCCGCGUUUUGCAUAGAAGGGUUUCCAUGGGAAUUCGUUGAUCGCACACGCGGAGGCUUGGCAAACAGAUUUACCUUUAUAAAAAUAUAAUUAUCAAUGUGUUCACGUUGCGUGACCUCAAGUCGAGUAUUCGAAAGAAAUGUAUAGUGUAUCGAUAUAAUAAGUGAUAUACAGCUAGAGUACCUAUUUAUGUCUGUUACAAUGUAUGUGAUCGCUUGAAAUAAAAACUUGACAUCAAUAUUGAAUCGACAGGGUUAAGCCUCUUUUUAUCAUUUUAACGA